AUGGCGAGAAUGAAGAAACGGAUGACGGGUGACGUCGUCAUGCGGUGUGAUGAAUAUAAUAAUGGCAAGAAUGAAGAAAUAGCCAACACUCCCAUUGCACAACCAGAUGAUACGGAAGGUGAUCAGCAGCAACAACAACUACAGCCAUCCACUCCUGAUCCGUUCCCAGCCUCACAAAUUCCAUCCAUCCAUUCUCGUUUGAAUGAUUCUAAUACCAAUGUGAUCCACCGGCACACAGCUUCACGCCAAGUCAUGAACACUUGCAAGCGUCUUUUCAUCCAGGCACCCACAAAGUGCCCUCAUCGCCCUCCAAAUCCCAACCCCCAAACUCCUGAUCACUCCCAGGCCUCUCCCUUCAACUCCUGGUCCCCUUGCUUUGUUGCGUCUUCCUCGCGUGUAGUAGACAUUAGUGUCUACUACAACGCGUCUCUGAUCUUCUCCAAACUGGACUAA